GUCAGUGUUUCUGUUCAUUGUGAGCGGAUCUUUGGACUGAGUGACCGCGACGGUGACCGAUUCCCAUAAAAACCCGCAGGAGUGGCCACUCAGUCACAGCUGAGCGCAUAAACACGAACCACGAUCACGCAGCACGCUCCACAGCGGGUGAGGAUGGCUGGCAGAAUGAUGAAUAGACACAGCGCUGCCGGAGACGUGAGCCGAAGGCCGAAAGCUGAGCAUCUGGACACGACGCUUUCCGUGUCCCAGAUUGUGACCCACACACAAGAGACUCGGAAGUAUUUCCAAAAUAUCCUAGGUCCCCUGUCUCUUUUCUCUCACACAGACGUGGACAAUGUGAGGAACAGAGACAGGACUCAGGAGGGAAGAGCUCAGACUUCAGCCUCAGAGGAGAUAACAGAUGUUCCAGCCUCUCUGUCUGAGUUCUGUCAGCAGUUGAGGAACAGAAUCACACAGCAGUCACUCCCCACCUUGUCUUCUCAAGACCAUGAAACACUGGAAACGGUAAUGAUGGCAGAGUUGAGUCUGAUCUGGCAGGACCUGCGCGGGCUACCAGCUGACCCCACGCUGACCUCACAGGAGAAUCAGCAGCUGCGCCGCCAGACGUUUGGUGAAGUGCUGUGCAUCUGUGAGCAGCUCUACCUGCACUACCUCCACCUGUUAGAGACGCGGGCGAGGCGCGAAAUCUUCAGCCACCAGGUCAACUGCAGCCGCCUGGCAGCUCACAUGGCCGUGGACCUCAGCCGCCUUUUGAAUGCUCACUCCAUACAGCGCAGUGUAGCCACAGGAAUCAAGGCUACGCGGGGAGCAGUGAAGCUGAGAGACGGAGCGCAGGGGCCACCAGAGGUGCCUGCACAUGUUUGUCCUCCCAGACUGCACAUCUGCCCACACGUCAGACCUAAGAAGCGUGUGGCAAGCAAGCAGCAGAAGAGGACGACGUUAGAGGAAGACCUCACAGAGAUCCAAGAAAAAAUAGGAGAGUUGGAUCUGGAGCGUGUGUAUGACCUAAUGCCGUUUCACCCGGAGCUGAUAACCACCAACACGGACAGACAGUGCUCUAUUGCCAGUGUACCUAAUAAGGCAGAGGAAGAUGGGUGCCAUUUCCAAUGCCACGUUACCAGGCUGAAGGGGUGUAAUUCUAUGCCAGACCUGCUGGAGGAGCUGGAGAUGGAAGCUCUGCCAGCAAGGCCUCUGUCCCCUUUAGUUCUUCUGUCUACCAACUCCUGCUCCAGCCUUGAGAAGCACAUAAACCCUGCUGAGGAUCUGAGGAGACUGUUACAGGACACGGAUCCAGUGGAUACGUCCAUUCUGGGUGAUUCCGAGGGAGAUAUUCCUCCUUUAAUACGAGCCUUGGCUGGCAGUGGCUCUAGCAAACUGAAAGAGCUGACACAAACUCUGCAGAGACUGGAGGAAGAAGAGGAGCAAAUGUUGAAGAUCGAGUUUGAGUUGGCGAGGCCACUGCCGCCUCAGUCAGACGUGGAAAGCGUAAACGUGUCCACUCAGGGCGUUGCGCGUAUAGCAGCGGCUCGCGUGUCCGACAGGGUUCUGACUGAGACCGUCAACAUCAGCAUGUACCCGCCCGUCUACAAUGACUUCACUGGAGAGAUUGAGCCUUCAUCUGUCGCUUGGCUUGAUCGGAAUCUGUUUGAAGGGGCUGAAAUAAAAGAAGUGUACGCAGAACUAUCCAAAAGCCUUUCGGAUGAGUACCUGCACUUUGAUGAGGACCCUAUGAUAGAGCCUGCAGUAAGUAAUGCCGAACUGUUGCGUGGCCUGAAACGGAAUCAUGAAAAAAAGCUGAUGAACCCUUCACUUCAGAUGCCAAAUCCUUGUGGAAUAUCACACAGCAGGAAGAGGAUGAAGCUUGCUGCAGAUCGUAAGAGGCCAGCGGAGGUGACAUCUCGAGCUUAUGCAGCGUGGCAUCAGUGGUGGAAGUCUAACCUGUCACUGGAGGAUUACCUCAACUACAUUUCCAACCAGGAGUCAGAUUACCUGUCUGCAGUGUUUCACCUGUAUGACAGUGAUGACGGCGACGAAGAACACGAGAAAAGGAAGAUGCUGCAGCUGCAGAGAGAGAAAAUCAGAAAGCAGCGAGAGAAGAUGGAUUCACUGAAGAAGCAGAAGCAGGCCUAUCAGUCUGGACUCUGGAACGUCAACACAGUGCUGAUGGGGGGUCUGUGGAAAGAGCCAGUGCCAGAUGAGGUGGAGGGCACGGAUAAAGAAAUCCAGCAUGUGGGGACAGAGGAAGACUACGGUAUGCCUGUAGCACAGCCUGUAGAUGGGGAGCAGGUACAGGCCAGGCUGGAGAAGGUCUGGACGAUACUUUGCCUGCCUGAGACACACAGGUUGGACAUGGCCAUUAAAUACAGCUCUCAUGCACACCGGGACAAGCUGGAGGAGGCGACAGCAGCAUGGGAGCAGGCUGCUCAGCUGAUCCAGCAGAGGGAACGUGUGCUAUCUCAUCUGGAGCAAUUUGAGAAGGUGGCAUCAGACCCCAGCAGGUUCUUCCAGCAUGGUUAUCAUGGCACCUCUGCAGCCAGAAUGAAAGAGGCCAACCACAGACAGAAACUGGAGUCUCAGAUUGCAGCUCUGGAUAAGGUGUUGUCCAAGACUAUUCAUUAUAUAUCAACAGCCUUCAAUGACACUGUUACCUAUAAAGGACGGCCAUACAGAGAAAAGAUGCGCUGGGACCGCAUCGAGAUGCUCUAUUGGCUUCAGCAGGAGAGACGAGUUCAGACGCUGGAGAAGCUUGUGGAAGGGAGAGAGAGUCUGCCUGCUAGACUGCCGCCUCUUGACUUUAAGCAUAGGCUCUAUCCAGGCACCGAUCCUGCCCCAGAAGUCUGGCCCAUUGACUAGCCCAUUGGAACCAUUCAGUGUCUUGAUUUCCUCAAUUCUACGGAGCGCUGCCUUCCAUGCACAGGCAUUCAAACUACUAGUACAUAAAUAGAAAUUUUUGGGGUGUGUCUCUGCGUACUUUUGUUCAUGUAAGGUCCAUAACUGUACCGAUGCGAUGAAAAUAUUUCGAUUUACUUUUAACAGCAGUGAUAUGGCCAAAACUAUAUAAACACCCAUUGCUAACAGGUGUUAUAAAAUCAGGCACAAAGCCAGGCAAUCCCUGUAGGCAAGCACUGGCAGUAGAAUUGGUCAUACUGAAGAGCUCUGUGACUUUAAACUUGGCUCUGUCACAGGAUGCCACCUUUACUACAAGUCAGUCAGGAAAUUUCUCAGAGGUUAGGAUGAGGAGCUUCAGUGGCCUGUACAGAGCCCUGACCACAACCCCUCUGAACACCUUUGAGAUGAAUUGAAACGUUCAUUGUGAUCCAGGCUUUCAUGUAUAACAUCAGUGCCUGAAGAUUUUCAUCAGAUUGUUGAAGAGAGUGAGCAUUAACACCUCAGUCUGGGUCUGCAAUCGGAUUGGCAAAAACCUUUGCAUGUAAACUCAGCCAGUGUCACAACAGUGGAACUCUUUUUGGUGCUAUACAAAACUGUUUUCACAGAGGUUCUUCAUUAAACCAGAUACAACACAGA